AUGGACGUUCCUCUUGGCUGGAACAAAGGAAAAAGCGUGACACUUGGCGCGACUGGAGUUAUUCUCGGUCUUGCUGGGUCGAUUUGCGCCUUCAUCGCCUUUCUCAGUCAGAGCUGGUUGAAUAUUCCAACGCAGAUAACUGAAGUCGAAGGAGCGGAACAAGGCGUAAGCGUUACGAAUUUACUAGAAUCGGAAGAGCGGCCGGAUGCAGGAAACUACGGUCUCUGGUUCGUCAAUAGCAGUCCCGACGUUCCGCUUUCUCUUUCAAAGCGAUUCUACAAUUGCAAUGCCAUUCCUUUCUCAGUUUGUAUGUAUACUCGCGCGGGAUUAUUCUCCUCUUGCGUCCUCAUCGUUCCCGCAAUGCUCCUCGCUCUCCUUGCCGCCGCCGUUUUAGUCAGCAGAGGUCAACUUCAAACAACUGGAACUCUCGCUCGCGCCUCUAGUGGUAUGUUUUUGCUUUCAUGCGUUGGUUGUACAGCUGGAAUGCUGACUUUCACGCUCCAGCAAAGUAUUUGCAUUUCCACUUGCCCUCCUGAACACGAAUACUAUCCGCUUGUCUCCAACAACGAAGCCACCCUUGGCUACGCAUUCUAUCUUGGCUGGAUCUCCUCCGGCCUGCUCCUUAUGGCCGCUUCCGCAUUAUUAGCCCUCUCUUGCGAAGCUCAGACGCAGAUUUCUCACUGUAACUCGGCCUUCAAUAUGGCCAUUGAAAAUCCAAUGAUGCGCGCUCAGCCACAAAUUGGCGAAAGUCAAAUGCUUACUGAAUACUCCGGCAAAGUCUAG